AUGGCCCUUCUGGGUUGGGUCAUGAGAAACUCCUUCGUGGAGUUUGACGGCCGGAUAUAUCAACAGGUGCGAGGAACUGCGAUGGGAACUCCUGUCGCCGUGUGUUUCGCCAUACUCUUCAUGAGUCGUCUUGAUGAGCUGCUACGGGAAAGGUGGACUGGGGUGUUACCGAUUUACCACAUCCGUUACAUAGACGACGGCCUCAUCAUUUGGCCGAGGUCGCAAGUGGAAUUAGAGGAGUAUGUGCGCACUUUCAACGGCUUGGAUCCCAACAUCCGGAUCACGUGGAACAUCUCAGAACAUUCUGUUGACUUUCUGGACGUGGUCCUCUCCAAAGGGCCUCGAUUCACAGAGCGUGGUAUCCUAGACUUUGGGACAUUUCAAAGGCCCAUGAAUAGGUACCUCUACCUUCCCUUUUCCUCUUUCCACCCCCGACACUUACUGCUUUUCCCUUAUUUGCAUGCAUUCCUUAUUCCCCAAUGCUCUCUCGCUGCACUGCAACCACCAACAGUGGCGGGGAUGGGGGAGGUGGACGACCCGCUGUUCCUUGGCUUCGGAGGGCACCGAUUGGUCGUGUCACGCAAGCUGGCAUGCACUCCCCUGGACGUGGGCAACGGGGACGCCUUUGAUGAGCCAUUGCCAUGCGUGCUCAGUGUUGUGAAUGCCACUGACAGCAGCACCCUUUCGAGCACUGCACACCUCACUGCCACCAACACCAUCAUGCCCUCCUCCUCCUCCUCCGCCUCCGUUGCCGCAGCAACCUACGAGUGCUCGCCAGGGUGCCGGCUGCAGCGGCUGGCAAAUGGGGUGUGCGAUGCGGCGUGCAACACGCCCGCGUGCGCCUUUGACGGUGGCGACUGCGCGUGUGUCGACCCGCUCUUCGUCCCCGGCAUCUGCGCCUGCCCGCCCGGCCACACCCGUCGCGACAACGGCUCCUGCUGUCUAUCGACGGCGGUAGGAGCCAAUCUCAACUUCCCCUUCUCACUGCAGCGCUACGGCCCCAACUACAUAGAGAGCAACUUCGCCUUCGCGGCUGAGAGGGGCUUUGCUGCCAACCGCUUUGUGUCCCACCGCAACCGCGCAGCCACCUUUCUCUUCAAAUCCUCCCUUCCCACCAACUCUGCCUCCUCACUCCCCUCCACCCAUGCUGCUGCACCUGGCGGGGUGGUGCACGUCCACAAAGCCAUUUGGAGCGAGACGCUCACUUUUGUGCUCACAACUGUGAGUUGCAAGGUGACUACGGGCGGCAGCAUGUCGGUAACGAUCAAGUCCCAGCCGGCAGCCAUGGCGAUGUACGAUGCAUCGGCAGACAACAUCGCACGGCUGGUGCUGGAGAUGGUGUAUCUGGUGGGGCUGCUCUGGAAUGUGUGUGGCGAGCUGCACGAGAUGGCCGAUCGCGCUGCGAUCCACGGCUCUGUGCUCAGCUAUUUUGGUCUCGUGUGGAAUCGGGUCGACAUGCUCUCUCUCACACUGGUGGUGCUGUGGCGGCACGUGGCAGCAUUUGACAUGCAGCCACGCUACGACAUCUACUACACGCUGCUCGAGAUGCCACGCUAUUGGGCCGUGAUGGACUUCCAGCCGUACCUUGGAGUCAUCACGCGCUCCCUCGCCCUUGCCACGCCCUCCUUGAUGCACUUCUUCCUGCUCUCCUUUACGGUCUUCUUCUGCUUCAGCAUGUACGCCUACCUCGUCUUCAGAGGAGCACUUAAGAUGUUUACCAAGUUUGGCAAACCUGCGCGUGCGCGCGUGCGUGCGUGCGUGCGUGGGUGGGCGAGUGUGUGUGUGGGCGUGUGUGGGCGUGUGUGGGCGUGUGUGGGCGUGUGUGGGCGUGUGUGGGCGUGUGUGGGCGUGUGUGGGCGUGUGUGGGCGUGUGUGGGCGUGUGUGGGCGUGUGUGGGCGUGUGUGGGCGUGUGUGGGCGUGUGUGGGCGUGUGUGGGCGUGUGUGGGCGUUUCUCCACGGUCCUGGAGUCUAUGUUCUCGUGCUUCCUACUGCUUCUAAAUGACAACGGCUCCGCCUACUUUUUCCAACGCAUGGAAUCAUGGGACCUCAUAGCCACGAUGCUCUUCUUCUUCAUGUUCAUCGUCUUCAUGGUCUUCAUCCUCCUCAACUUCCUCAUCGCCAUCAUCGUCGACGCCUUCAUGAGCGUCAAGGACAGCAAGCUUGUUGCCACCUCUAUAGCUGCUGACCUUGCUCACAUCUUCAAGUACAAGUGGAACUACUGGCGCGGCCGCUACCUGCCGUAUCCGCUCAUUCUCGACCGCCUUGUAGAGUUGGGCGCUAAGGACACUCGAGUUGACGAGCAAUCCCUCUUGCAGUCGGAUCGGCGGAUGCGUCGCGUGCAGUCAAUGAAGCGGCAAACGCGGGCCAUCUUCUCCUGCAGCUGUGGCGGCGGAUGCAAGCCCUCGCACCUCGAUUGCGCCGAGAACCACCCCACCUUCCCGUCCGCCAGCAAGACUGGCGAGCGGCUGCAGCACGUGCUGACAGUGAGGGAGAAGCGCAUCGACGUCAUCUCACUCUCCAUGAUCCUGCAGCGGCGGCAGGACAGGGAGCGAGUGGGGCCGUACAAGGCUGAGUCACCGUACAAGUGUUUUCCAAGGGCAGCCCCAAGAGAGUGUGCGGACGACGAGCAGUUGGAUCAGCUGUCGCAGGCGGUGGUGCUGCAGUGCGGCGAGGUGGUGAAGCAGGCCGCUCUGCCCGUCAAGAAGAGUGCAAAGAAGCUCAGCCUCGCUCACCUCAAGGAGGAUCUGGCGCGCAGCGAGGCAAAGGUGAAGGAGCUGAGUGCCAUGAUGACGGACAUGCACGCCCUCAUGCUCGACCUCCUCGCCCGCACGCCCCCGCUAGGCAACACUGCCCACUCUCCGGGUACCCCUGGGGGGCUGCCAGCAUUGUCAAACAUGCCGCGUGCCUACACGGAGCCCCCGUGGUGUCUCAUGUCACUCACAGACUCCCCGCCGCCACUGGAGCAAGCAGGCAAUACGAGAGAGGUGCCUAGGAGGUUCAGUGAGAGUGGGGGCGGUGGGGGCCCAGAUGAGGGAGAGAAAAGAGCGGGGGCGACAAGAGAUGGUUGGAGCCCUGCAGGAGGGAGCUCGAGCAGAACCCCGGUGCAGGUGUCACGAAGGCUCAGCGAGAGUGGGACCGGUGGGGAGGCAUUUAGGGGAGAGAAAAGGGUGGGGGGUGCUAGAGAUAGUCCGAGCAGUGCAGGAGGGAGCUCGAGCAGAACCCCGGUGCAGGCGUCACGAGUGUUGGGCAGGCGGGUGUCGUGGCAAGAUGGCAGAGGGGCGGCGCGUGGGGAAAGGACAGAAGGGUGGCAGAAGCAGCCCUCGGUGCGAGUAAAGGGUUGUGUGUAUUGCACGAAAUUGACUUUGGCUUGGACCUGCACGUAA